AUGGUCAACCUGACGCCUCCGCAGAACCCACCAAGAUGGGACCAUUCCCCUGAGGAGGUGGUUCAAUUGAUGAAGGAUGCUAUUGCGCAGUACAAGGCCGUCAGUGACGAGGUCGCAGCUCUUCUGCCCACUGAAUGUAACUUUGAAACGGUGAGCGCACGGCUGGCUGAUGCAGAAGCACGGUUCGAUAUUGUAGCCGAACCUCUCACAUUCUACCAAAACGUCGCCAUAUCCAAAGAGCUCCGUGAUGCUUCCACUCAAGCGGAACAGCUUCAGAGAGAUUUCGGUGUCGAAGAUUCCAUGCGUUUGGACGUCUUUCAAGCGAAAGUUGCCGCCGAAAAGAACUUGCGUGAAAGCGGUGCAUUUGAGAGACUUACCGGUGAACAGCGAAGGCUGGUCGAGAAGAUGAUUCUCGAUGGGAAGCGCGCUGGGCUGGCACUCCCGGAGGAGGAAAAGACACAGCUUAUGGCUCUCCAAAAGGAGUUAUCGCAAGUUGUUGUUGAAUUCAUGAGAAAUUUUAACGAAGAAGACGGCCGCAUCACCUUUACCCGCGAUGAGCUCGAAGGGGUCCCAGAAGAUGUCAUUUCCGGAUUCACGAAGCGUACGGAAGGCGACAAAGAAGUUUAUGACGUGACUUUCAAAACGCCUGAUAUUUUCCCUGUCUUCAGAUUCGCUGUCAGCCCCACUACGCGCCAGAGAGCAUAUGAUGCACACGAAUCCAGGCUGGCAAUAAACGUACCCCUAUUGGAGCGUGCCCUCGACCUUCGUCGCCGCAUUGCCUCUAUAUUGGGCUAUAAGACGUGGGCGGACUAUGUCACAGAGGUAAAAAUGGUGAAGACAGGUGAUGCUGCGCAAGCAUUCGUGGACGAUCUUGAGGCGAAGCUUCGACCAGUUGGCAUCAAAGAACGCGAAAUUCUCCUUUCUCUGAAAAAAGAGGAACACGAGAAACGCGGCUUGCCCUUUGAUGGCGAGUUCUACAUUUGGGACUACAGGAAAGCCUUGUACUAUGACCGUCUAUUCGUCGAGAAGACCCUAAGCCUUGAUGAUUCCCUUGUGAAAGAGUAUUUCCCAGUCUCGGUCGUUGUUCCCACCAUCCUGAGCAUUUACCAAAACCUGCUGGGAGUCAGAUUCAUAGAGGUAACAGGUGGGAAGAAAGACGUCUGGCAUCCCGAGGUCCAGCAAUUUGCAGUCUGGGAAAGUGACGCAAAUGAUGAUUCAGGCUUUAUCGGGUACUGUUACCUCGAUCUCUUCCCUCGCGCUGCCAAGUACUCUCAUGCCGCAGUCUGGGGCCUUCUCCCAGGUUAUAACCUCCCAUCUAAAAACCGCCAUUAUCCCCUUACGGCGAUGGUAGCUAACCUUGCGAAGCCCACACCCGAACGGCCCGCGCUCAUGCGGCACGACGACGUGACCACGUUCUUUCAUGAGAUGGGACAUGUGUUCCAUGGUCUCCUGAGUCGAACACGGUACUCUCGUUUCCAUGGCACGGCGGUUGCACGCGAUUUUGUGGAAGCCCCGUCGCAAAUGCUGGAGAACUGGUGUUGGGAGCCGAAAGUCCUUGAGAAGAUGUCAAACCAUUAUGAGAAGCAAGUCCCGCUCUCAGCUGAUCUCAUCGAAAAGAUCGUCCAGAGUCGCUAUGUGAAUGUGGGACUAUUCUACCUUCGGCAACUCUUCUUUGCGAAGUUCGAUCUCAAAGUUCAUACUGACAAAGAUCCAACGGAUUAUACCAAUCUUUGGACCGAGAUGCGAGAGAGGAUAUCCCUCGUUAAAAGUAGUGAACCCCAACCUGGUCAGGGCUCGUUUGGCCACAUCGUUGGGGGGUAUGACGCAGGAUACUACGGAUACACAUACUCGUUGGUGUUUGCUGCAGACAUGUACAGAACAGUGUUCCAAAGGGACCCAUUGGACCCAGCGCUUGGUCAACUAUAUCGCAGCAAGAUUCUCUUACCGGGUGGAAGUCGAGACGAAAUGAUGUCGCUCGAGGCAAGUUUCGAUUUCCUAGGUCGGCCACCCAAUUCAGAAGCAUUCCUGGAUGAAAUUUUUGGAUCA